AUGUUCCUCUUCUCCCGAAAGACCAAGACCCCCAUCAGCACCUACAGUGACUCCUACAGGGCUCCUAACUCCAUCAAGAAGGUCUAUAGGGACCCACCUCUGAGGGCCUGGGAAGUCAACAAAUUUGUGACCCCGGGCCUGCGCCAUGUAGAUCCUGAAGCCCUGCAGAGGAUGGUCAAGUGUGCUGUGCAGGACUACAGCUAUAGGAGUCCCAUACCAGGCCAUCCCUACUUGCCUGAGAAAUACUGGCUCUCUCGAGAGGAAGCCGACAAAUGCAACCCAGACUACUUGUGCAGUGACCCGUGUAACACAUGGAGAAUUGAACCUUACUACUGUACUGGCUGGAACAAGUAUUCCACAUACCUUCCCCGCCUGCCUAAGGAAGCCGGGAUGGAGACAGCAGUUCGAGGAAUGCCCUUGGAGUACCCUCCUAAGCCGGAGCGACUCAAUGCCUAUGAGCGCGAAGUCGUGGUGAACAUGCUGAACUCGCUGUCACGGAACCAGACGCUGCCGCAGAUCACGCCCCGAUGCGGGUGCGUGGACCCGCUGCCGGGCCGCCUGCCCUUCCAGGGUUAUGAAAGCCCUUGCUCCGGCCGCCACUACUGCCUGCGCGGGAUGGACUACUGCGCCUCCGGGGCGCCCUGCGCCGAACGCCGCCCGCGGCCUCUGUGCUCGGUGGAGCCGACUGUAAGGAGUGUAUUGCCCUACGAGCACCGGCCCGGAAUGCAAUGUGCUGUUAUAACUCCCCCGCCGUCAUACUACCCAUGUCCGAACCUUAGGUGGGACACAAGUCACUUUAAGAAGACCGGUGGCCCCCAGAGAAACAACUAUGUUGUCCACCCUGAGUUUGUGUCCGAGUCUUACCCUGUCUACCCCUGCUGGUAGAGCGGGGGGCCAGGCCAAGGGGGCUGAGCAAUAAAAAACUUUUCACCCC